GCUUUCCGGCCGGAGGGUUUAAAGGGGACCUCGGACCGGACAGCGCAGCUGGAGCAGCCAAGCGGUGCCAGGCUAGGUGGGUACGUCCGUGGUCCUUCCGUGCCCGCGUCGGAGACCAGCCCCGGAGGCCGCCCAGGCCAGUCCCUGUGUCCGGCACCAUGAAGCAGGAGUCUGCAGCUCAGAACACCCCGCCCGCCUCACCGCCCCCCUCGCAGCACCCCCAGGACGACUGCGACCCCCAAGCGUUGUGGAUUUUCGGGUACGGCUCCCUGGUGUGGAGGCCCGACUUCGCCUACAGCGACAGCCGUGUGGGCUUCGUGCGCGGCUACAGCCGCCGCUUCUGGCAGGGAGACACCUUCCAUCGGGGCAGCGACAAGAUGCCUGGUCGUGUGGUGACCCUCCUUGAAGAUCGCGAGGGCUGCACUUGGGGUGUGGCGUACCAGGUGCAAGGUGAGCAGGUGAAUGAGGCCCUGAAGUACCUGAAUGUGCGGGAGGCAGUGCUUGGCAGCUAUGAUACCAAGGAGGUCACCUUCUACCCUCAAGAUACCCCUGACCAACCACUCAAGGCAUUGGCCUACGUGGCCACCCCGCAGAACCCUGGUUACCUGGGCCCUGCGCCUGAGGAGGCCAUCGCUACGCAGAUCCUGGCCUGCCGAGGCUUCUCUGGCCACAACCUUGAGUACUUGCUGCGCCUGGCAGACUUCAUGCAGCUCUGUGGGCCCCAGGCACAGGACGAGCACCUAGCAGCCAUCGUGGAUGCUGUAGGCACCAUGCUGCCCUGCUUCUGCCCCACUGAGCAGGCUUUGGCACUGGUCUGAGGGGCUGAGCCCCUACAUGGACACAGGGGCCAGGUCCCCACUCCAGUGCACACAGACAGACUUGAUAUAGCUGGAGCCCACUGAGAAGACUUGGUGGGCCGACAGGGGCCUCUCUUAAGCUCCUGCCUGUCCGCCAGCCCCCAGAUCUCCUACCUGACACUGACUUACUACUUGAAACUUUAUUUAUUGCACCAUGUUGGUGUGGUGGGCAGGGUGGGGGACCUGCCCUAGAUAUAGGGGCCCUGCUGAGCGGUGCCCCACCCCAGGCGCCUGGUGCCUGACCAGAUUCCCCCCAGUGCUGCUGCUAUCCCCAUACUACCCAGGCCUCCACCUCCCCAGGGAGCCUCCAAGAGCCUUGACCCUCUGCCCCUCACUCCAGACCUACCAUUCCCUAGCCCCAGAAACAACACCCGCCAAAGGUCCCAGCUUGCUGGUGAGGGUAGGAGGGAGUGAGGAGAGGGGGCCCUACAAGAACUGAGGCCCCUGCCAGCCCUGCUCAUCCCCCAGGUCCCCAGGGCAGAGCUGGAUCUGGAGGCCAGACACAGCUGCUGAGGCUGGGCCUAGGCCUCUUACCCAUUUGGCUUUGUUUCCCUGUCCUUCUGUCUGUCUGUCUGGGCCACUCCUGUCUGUCUGUUGGUCUAUUUCUGGGAAGCUCAUCGGUAUAGGCCGUGGCACCUUCCCAGUCUGUCCCAUACUAUAAUCCAUAAACUGAUCUCAUUAUC